ACACACACACACACACACACACACACACACACACACACACACACCUACUCUACUCUCGCUCUCUCCGGAGGUGGGGGCAGAGAGCGCUCGAGCCAUUAGCCGUGCGCCGCAGACAUCAUUACGAGGGGAGACAAUUCCAUCGUCCGCGCUGGAGCAAAGCAGAGGGGAGCCCUGGAAACACGGACAACACUUACCAGCCUCGUACAGGAAUGUUGACAACACCUGCCGUCAGACAGACUUGGACACACCGGCUGGCCAUCCAGGACACUCCCCUCCCAUUGGUGGAGAGACCCAGAUCUCACUGAAGGAACAGCGGCUCUGAUUGGUCACUGGCACUCAAGCGGAAGACAGGCCCCGCCCCACUCCCUCCCACGGCCCGUCGACGUGGUCUCCCUCCUCUUUCAGGGAGUGCCAGGCUGUUUGUUUCUCCUUCAUGGGCCCCCCCACUCGUUGAUCAAACCGCGAGGGCCGUUGGUAGGGGCCACGCUGUCGAAUGAGGUCUGUGCUGUGUGUGGACGGGCUGGCUGCUCCAGGGACAUGAUUCCUCAUGAAGUGCAGCGCGCUCGCUCCCCCCGUUGUCCAUGGCGACGGCAGGCGUGACUCCCGCCCAAGAGAACCCUGCCCUGCUGAGUUCACCCUUCAGUCGCUGACGAACCCCCUCCCCCUCCCCUCCCCCUUGGACCCCCUCUCCCCAUCAACCUCCCCUCCACCCCUUCGGAAACUUCCAACCGACCCUCGGACACGACGUACAACAGACACAACUCCUCCAACCGAUUAUUCUCUUCUUCUUGCUUGACUCAACCUGCUCCGGUGUAAUCCGCUCUGCCACGCCCAGGCUCUGUUUAAUCACUUGGUUCACUUCUGCUUACUUUUUUGCUUCCUUUGUACGAGGAUCCAGUACCUUUUUUGUAUCGUUUUUUCGAGGGAGCGGGAAUAAAAAACUAGAUUGAGUGCCGAUCAGUCCAGGGCGGUCGAGAUAAAGAAGGACAAGGACAAGCUCAGGGUGAGCUGCACAAAGACCCAGAGGAAGUGAGCCAGACAGCCAGACAGCCAGACAGCCAGACGGACAGACAGACAGACGGACAGACAGGCCAAACCAACAGGCCAAACCAAACAGAAAGACUCAAGACGGGCUUCAGAAGCGCAAAGAAAGAAACGACAACUCGAGUGUCGAGCUCAGGGUUUUCCCUCCCUCCCUCCCUCCCUCCCUCUCCCCCUCCCCCUCCCCCAACCACGCCACCAGCAUGAAGUCCAACCAGGAGCGCAGCAACGAAUGUCUGCCCCCCAAGAAGAGGGAGCUCCCCGCCAGCACGCUGGCCUCGGAGGACCGCCCCCUGGCCGCGCCCCCGGCCAGCGACACCCAGCGCAGCGAGAACCUGGCCUGGCUGGCCAGCGUGGCGGGGGGGCACGAGAGCCGGCACCGGACCCCCUCCGAGUCCAACGGGCCCCAGUACAAACCGCUCUCCAUGUCUGACUCCUCCCCCUCCUACUCCUCCUCGUCCUACGCCUCCCCCUCCCCCUCCCCCUCCUCCUCCUCCUCGUCCUCUUCGUCGCUGAGGCUGGUGUCGUCGCUGCCCGCCCUCUACACCUCCCCCUCGGUGCACUACGCCCCCAUGCCCCACAACCUGCAGUUCAUCGCCUCGCCUAACCCCUCCCCCUACGCCAGCUACGUCACCUCCCAGCUGCUGCCCCCGCCCUCCUCCUCCUCCUCCUCCUCCUCCUCCCGGGGCUCGCUCUCCCACGCCGACGCGGCCCCCGGCUCCUCUCAGGCCUCCAAACUCUCGGAGCACCAGCGGGCCUCGGCGGCGUGCGCCUCCAUGCCCCCCCCCUCCUCCGACUACCACCCGGUGUACGGCUCCUCCUCCUCCUCCUCCUCCUCCCUGCGGUCGGCCCCGCCCCCCUCCCACCACCUCGCCCACCUCCCCCCGCCGCCGCCGCCGCCGCCGCUGCACCCGCACCACAAGCUGGGCCACGCCAUCUCCCAGCUGGUGGUGCAGUACGCCGACGCCCCCACCCGCCGGGAGGAGGGGGCGUCGGCACGGGGGUCCCGGGAGCUCCACAACGGGGAGCAGGAGCGGGGGGGGCGGCGGGCGGCGUCCAGCCUGGCCAAGCCGGGCCACAAAGCGCGGGGGGGCGCGCCGGCGUGCACGUCCUCGCCGCCGUCGUCCUCGUCGUCCUCGUCCUCGCCCUACGAGGCGCACCAGCUGGUCCUGCCCACGGACUACACUACCCACGAUGCCUCUGUGCUGCGCACCUCCUUCAUGCUGAUGCCCAACAGCCACCCGGACCCCACACCACCACCACCACCCACACACCACCACCACCACCACCACGCGCCGCAGACCCCCGGCCCCCCGGAGCGGGGCGGCAUCGGGCUGGGGAAGCCGGCGCACCGGGCGCCCUCCUCGUCCUCGUCCUCGUCCUCGUCCUCGGCCAACUCCUCCCCGGCCUCCUCCUUCUCCUUCGCGCCGCCGCCGCCGCCGCCGCCGCCGGACGCCCUGAAGGCCUCCGUCAGCGCGCUGUCGCCCCACACCGUCAUCCAGACCACGCACGGCCCCCCGGAGCUGCUGUCCCUGGGGCUCCCCGCCCCGGGGCUCUACUCCCAGCCCCCAAUCAUCGGCUACAUCGCAGGGGGGGGGCAACAACAACAACAACAACUACUGCAACAACAACUACAGCAGCAGCAGCAGCAGCAGCACCAUCACCAUCAUCAGCAGCCAAUCAGCUACCACCACGCCAGCCUCCAGCAGCACCUGCUGAUCCCCGGCAGCCAACCGGUGAUCAUCCCCGUCAGCGGGGGCGGAGUCACCACCAUGGAGUCGGCGGCGUCGCACGCCACCUCCGCCGCCGCCGCCGCCGCCGCCGCCUCGCUGAGCUUCGCCGGCGCGCUCCCCCCGCAGACGUACCUGGCGGCCCCCAAGAGGGAGCCCCCGGAGCUGCCCGAGGCGCCGCUCUUCCACCAGGCGCGCCUCCUCCCGCCGCCGCCGCCCCCGCCCCCCACGGCGGCGGCGGCGGCGGCCUCCCCCUCGCCGGCCCCGUCGCCGCCCAGCCUGCCGCCCUACUUCGUGAAGGGCUCCAUCAUCCAGCUGGCGGACGGGGACCUGAAGCGGGUGGAGGAGCUGAAGACGGAGGACUUCAUCCAGAGCGCCGAGAUCAGCAGCGAGCUGAAGAUCGACUCGUCCACCGUGGAGCGCAUCGACCAGAGCCCCGCCUCGCGCCACCUGGCCGUGGUGCAGUUCUCCGUGGGCGAGCACCGGGCACAGGUGAGCGUGGAGGUGCUGGUGGAAUACCCCUUCUUCGUGUUCGGCCAGGGCUGGUCGUCCUGCUGCCCCGACCGCACCACCGCCGCGCUGGAGCUGCCCUGCGCCCGGCUGUCGGUGGGCGACGUCUGCAUCUCCCUCACCCUCAAGAACCUGAGGAACGGGGCGCUGAAGAAGAGCUCCUCCAACACCACCUCCGCCACCACCGCCGCCGCCGCCAGCGCUGCAGCCUCCACCCCCUCCUCCGGCGGCGGCCACGGACAUCUCAAGCCCCCCCGGCCGGCCCCGGACCCCCCGAGGUGCGGCGGCGGAGGCUCCAAGCGGGGGGAGAGGGAGAACGGGGUGAGGCAGCAGCAGACCCUCAUAGGAGGAGGAGGAGGAGGAGGAGCCAUCGUUAAAACCGAGAACGGGGUGGAGCCCCGGUGCGGGGGGGAGGACGGGGGGUCCGCGGCGGCCGGGGGGGGUCUUGAAGCCGACCAGGGGCCGUAAGCGCCGGUGGUCGGCCCCCGAGGGGCCGCAAGGUGGAGCGGCUGGAGGAGGAGCUGCCCGCGGCGCUGCCCGGCCCUCCUUCCUCCCGCACGGCGUUGAAGGUCAGCAUCGAGGGACGCUCCAGCUACGGGAAGUGAAGGGGGGGAGUUCCGGACCGUCGGACGUUGAAUCCUGGAGAUCUGCAGGAAAAAAAAUGCGCAAAAUAAUCAACCAAGAAAAUCGGAAAUUGGUUUCAUCGUUUUUCAAAUCGCUUUUCUUUUCUUUUUUUUACUGCAUUACAGGUUUUAUUUCCAUCCUCAGUGAUGUAGUCUGUACCGGAAUUUGACCCCCCCCCCCCCCCUCCCGACAUGAUAACACUAUACAUUAGGUCCAUAGCAGUUGUAACACUUUUAAAUAAGAUCGAUUUGGUGGUGUUUUUUCCGAAGAUAGUCCUUGCUAUUUCACUGGGGGUUUGUGUUUUAUUCAAGGAGGAUGUGCGGCAGGGAUUUGUGUACUAGAUGUUUAUCGGAGGUGUGUGUGUGUGUGUGUGUGGCAUACAGAAGCAUAGUUUGAUGCCUCCAGGCUCGCUGCAGUUCCACUGUAUGAAGGGGGUCAGACGGCCCCACAGAUCGCUUCUCCACAGACCGGCAGUUGAGUCAGAACAUCGGAAAGUCGGAAAGUCUCUGCUCCGGCGUCACCCGAUGAAGUCAUCAGAGUGAGACGAGGAAGACUUGUCGGAUAAUGUGAACAUUCACGGAGUAAUGCGUAAAGUGUUUAUAAGUCGUGAGAGUUUUCCAUUCUCUCUGGGUGGGCGGUUGGGUGGGUGGGGGGGGGGGGGGGCUGUAGAGGAGUGAGAUUAAAGCUUCUUUCUACGUGUCCGUCUUAUAAAUGUGGUAUGAUACGCGAUUCACUAUUUAAUCAUCCAGUUGUGCCAGAAUUGAUCGAUGAUGUCAUCAGACAACGCCGGUGUGCCACGCAACAAAGGAAGCGGGGAGAGGCUAGGAGCUCUACUCUUUGUCAAGUUUGGUUGCAGCGCAUUCAGUUUUAAUCAGAAGCAAUGUCAUUCGAUUUGUGUCACUUUUUUUUUCUCCUUUUUAUUCACUGGACGAGAGUUGAUGAUGUGAAUGUCGUGAUUGUCUAAAAACCUUGAUCAGUGGUGAUUUAACUCCAGGUUAUUAUGUCAUGUCUUUUAAUUCAUUGCAAACAUUUAAAAAAACACGCUUAUUUGGUCCACUACCUUGUACUGUCUGGACCUCACCACACCGCCCGGUGUACAGAGAGGUCAUUGCAAUCUCCCGGAGAGUCUACAUGUGUGCGAGGGCCACGCAGAGAUUCUCGAGGCUGCAGUGGUCGUUUCAAAGCCUUUGUUUUUGUUUUGCUUAUGUUUUUGUUUUCAAUCCGUCACGCUCUCACCAACGUGACUCAUGGAUGUGUUUGUUUAUCGCCGUCUCCUCGCUAACACAGUACUGUAUGUGCUUUUUGUUUUAUUUUGUUUUUGUUUUGUUUCGCUGGGGAUGGAAGUAGCUACAGCACUUUGGAAUGGAGAACAGCUUUUAGGAGGUGGUUUGUUGUGCCAUGUGGUCACAUAGGAGACGAGGGUGCGAGGAUGCAAGGAUGCAAGGAAAGGGACAGGCAGUGUAGAAGUUGAUUGGAAAACGAAAAAAUCGCAAAGUACUGGAAUCCAGUGGCUGUUUCACGAUCACGAUCGCUGUCGCCAUGGUGACUUCGAUCGGCGUUGAAAAAAGAUCGUAAUGAGGGAAGAGUGUAACGUACAGGAGAACUAGCGUCAGGUGAUAGACUAGAUUGAGAGCCUUUGUAGAAGCUCAGGCCACAGAAUGUUGACGGGUGUCAUAUACCUUUUCUAUAUGUUUGUAAUGUCGGUAUGUGUGCUAGAGUGAGACUAUUUGUGUGGAUUGUGUGUCGGCGUGUGUGUGUCCUUACAUACGCGCAUGCACACACAUAAACACUAGCUUGCACACGCAAAAAUGCAGUUCGUACACACACCAGCACGCAAAAUCUAAAACCGGACGACAUUGAAAAAACUGAGAAUUUCUAGAGCUUGAUUCGUACUGUAUUCAGGACUAUAACCAAGAAUGUGUGUGUGUGGUGUGUGUGGUGUGUGGUGUGUGUAUGCAUGGUCUAAGUUUGUGUACGCACUUUUUGCGGAGAAUCUGGUCAAACUUUAAUUGCUUGACAUUGCAUACAAAACAACUUGUUGGUUGUGUGUUUAUGUCUGUGUAGGAGUGUACUGUAUGUAAUGCGUGUAUAGAAAAAAUAUAUACUCACAUGAUUAUAUAUAUAUAUAUAUAUAUAUAUAUAUAUAUAUAUAGACAUGUUUAAAUGUUCAGUGUUUCUACUUAAGGAGAAUCUUGCAAUUUGCACAUUAGGAGGAGAGACAUCGGAGGGGAAGACAAGACAUUACUGGCCCCUGCGCGUGCGCACAAACACACACACACACACACACACACACACACACACACACACACACACACACACACACACACAUAUUUCUUUUAACACUUGUGACACUGGAUGGCACGUGGGAUAAAGGUGGAGAAGGGAGAUUAGUGCCGGCUGGAACAGUCAGAUUAUACUUCUCUUCCGACGGCGGUUGAAUUUACAAACAAAAGGGUUUGCUUACUCUGUAGUUUUCAUUCAAACCAUUGGCUCCUCAUCUAAAACAAAGGCAGAGUGUUGAAACAUUAUUAAACACCAAUGUCUGAAGAGAUGGAUAACGCUCUAAAUUGCUGACAGUUUGUAACUCCUGUUCUGCCCUCCAAGUAGAGAACUGAAUGCAUCCAGAUGUUUUAUUGCCUUCAUCUUCAUUUUCUAAGCCACUCAAAAACAUCUGCUUUAAAACAGUCCACCAGAUGCAACCACAAUUAUUGAAAUGUAGCAGUCGUUACCUCAAUAUGUGUGCUUGGCCCAAAUGUCAGACACCGAUUUCUCAUUUUUCAACUAAUGGGGCAAAGACGAUUCCACGCGAGUAAACGAAGACCUCAUCCAAAUCCCAUCUGUCGUCCAGUUGUUGAAUCUGUUAUCCCGGACACACGUGUUUAUAUUAUUAUUUCAGUCCAAAUAUGACAGAUCUAUAAUGUAUAGACACCAGAAACCACAAUGCGCUGGGAGCUGUAUAUGUCGGCGUUGGGGCAAUAGGAUGAUCUGAAUGUAGCGUGUGGUGGAGGCCAUGGUGUUGACGACUUGUUGUGAGUGAGCAGAGGACGUGCGGGUUUGGACACGUACAGUGGUGUUCGUUUGUGUGCGUGCACGAGUGUGCACCUACGUGUGUGUGUGUGUGUGUGUGUGUGUGUUCCUCCCCGAGCAGUGAGUGAGCUCACAACCGGGGUCGCUGGGUUGAGACACUGUUUGGAGACGGAGGGAGAGGUUGCCAUGGUGACCGCGGAUGUGUGCUCAGCCGGAUGGAUGCACGGAUGGAUGCACGGAUGGGAUGGACAAAACAAAAUGGACGAGACUGCGCUGGUGGCAGUGAUUGGCAGGCAGCUUCGAAAAAGGUUUCCUUCGAAAUGCUUUAUUUUUUUAACAAUAAAAACAGGGUUUUUCAGAUCAACAUUGCAGUUACGCAUCUUUUCAUUUUUCUUCCUUUUCCUCUUGUUAGAUUCGUUAGUAAUGCAAGGCAGUUGUUACUGCUCUGUCAUAUGUGUGUGUGUGUGCGCGUGUGUGUGCGCAUGUGGGUGUGCUUGACAACUGCGGAUGCGUGUGUAUUUGCUUUCUUUUCAUGACCUCCAAAGCCUCUGUGUGUGUGUGUGUGUGGUGUGUGGUGUGUGUGGUGUGUGUGUGUGUGUGUGUGUGUGUGUGUGUGUGUGUGUGUGUGUGUGUGUGUGUGUGUGUGUGUGUGUGUGUGUGUGUGUGUAACCAGGACUACCGGCUGUUUGUUCCAGCCUGAAACACAUCAGCUCCACCGACAGCAGCGCCACUUGCCUUCUCCCUUCAGGUGAAGAAACACAUCACAACAUCACAGCUAACCAAGGCGCCCUUUGCGUCUUUAGGCUAUAUAAGGAAGCAAUAGUUCUAUAACAAUCAGACAUUGGAGGCAUACAUACAUGCACACAUACAUACAUCAAGGCAUAUAAACAUACAUACAUACAUUAAGGCAUGUACACAUUCAUACAGGCAUAUAUAUACAUAUAUAUACAUACAUACAUACAUACAUUACAUACAUACAUACAUACAUACAUACAUACAUACAUACGUGCACACAUGCAUACAUAGGUGCACACAUACAUGUGUACACACAGAUAUAAAUAUUGCAUUUAUAUUAUUGCAAUAAAUUCAAACAUUGAACAUAAUUGACCCUUCUAGCUGCAUGCAGAUUAAAACACACAACCACCCAUAAGCCCACUCCACUUGUCAUGUAAAAGGUCCUGGGUUACCAGGGUAACGAUAUCAGUUUGCCAGAUGUUUCAGGGAAAUCUCUUUAUAUAUAUAUAUAUAUAUAUAUAUGCAGUAAUCAGACAACAAAUCCCCUCCAAACCCCCCUCUGUCCGCACACAGGGCGGAGUCAGACGAACCAAUGUUUUUGACUCCGCCCUGGUCGCCUGCCAAUGCCAUAUAUAGCAGUAACCUCAGUCACUUUGUUUCAGGUACCCAAUCAUAGCCAGCCAACCUCGUAAGUCCUGCCUACAGGGGCCCUAGCAAUCAAUUAACCCUCAAGCAACCAUUAGCUACCUUAGAGAUGCAGCCUCGACAGAGAUCAUGGAUCUAUCGGUCUAGGCAGGCUGUUUUCCCAAGUCACACUCGUCAGAUAUACCUAAUUUUGUACUGCAAAUCAAGGUCUACACUUUAAGUCAAUGCAUGCACCGUAAUAUUUAAGAGAAAUAUAUCCAGGCAGACUAGGCAAUGAUGUGAGCCAUCAGCCGGUCUAGCUGCCUAUUAAUCACGUUAUUGUGGUUAACGAAUUCCUGAAAAAACAAUCUGUUUAUUUUUAUUCCGACUCAAGGCUACUCUGGACGUGACUAGGUGUUUAUAUGUGCUGAGUUUGGCCUAUCUUAAAAUGUAACUUUCUGAAAUCGAACACUUUUUCUCUUUGCCUCCCUUUGCUUGUGCCAAGUAUAUGUAGUGUGAUGACCUCCAGCAUACAGGACAUGACCCUGAACUGUCGUCUCUGACAUGUACAUGUCAGUGUAUGUAUGUUAACAGGUGUAUGUAUGUUAACAUGUUUCUGUUAGUAUGUGUAUGUUAAUCUAUUGGAUGGCAGUUUGUGAACCGGCUAGAAACAAGUGGAGGGAACUCGUUUUUAUUUUUUACUAUCCAGUUUUGUCUUUGAGGCCUUCCUGUAUGUGUGUGUGUGUGUGUGUGUGUGUGUGUGUGUGUGUACACACCAUGUAUCAAGUGUGCGUUUGUAUUGUGUGUGUGUGUGCGUGUGUGUGUGUGUGUGUGUUUGUGAGCGCUUGUGCAAUCAAGUAUUUCUCUGAUGUUGCCUGUGAGACCCUGGACAUCAGAGGUUCUCAGCGCGACCCCAACGGGAAUAUUAAACAAACCUCAUUCUAAGUGGGGACCACUUUUUGUAAAAAGAUUAAAAAAAAUAUAUAUAUAAAAAAACGAAAACGUAAAAAAAAAAAUAACUACCAACAAAAGAUGCACAUCUAAGUAAGUACGUAGACAAACAAAAGAGACUUGAUGUUUCAGCACUUUCUAAUCCUAGGUGGGGAUUGGUCGGACUAGUAGACUACCUAGGGGCUAACAUUCAUUCAUACAGAGGGAAUGAGAGGGGGAGAGACCGAUGAGAGGGGGGGGGGAGAGAGAGAGGAUGAGAAUACACGUUUUGAGAGAAGAGAGUAAUGGCUCAGUUUUAAGUUUUUUGCACAUUGCCUUGCAGUAAUCUCGCUGUGUGGUGUAACGUGUGUGUUGAGUGCGUGAGUGUGUGCUGGUGUGUUUUCCCGGGGCGCCCGUGGGUCCAGCGGGCUGAGUGCUAGAUACCUCUAUGAUUCUUUUUACCCGGUGGGGGGGGCUUAAAAAAAACAAAAACCUUUCGGGCAGAAUUCACCCUUUCCUUGUGUUUUUCAUGACACGAGCUGUGCUGUCAACGUGAAAGUAGGAUUCGGGAGAUCGAGAUUUCAGAUUUUUUUUUUUUUGGAGAGACCCAGCUUGGUGGUGUUUGGUGUGAACUGUUAACCCCCCCUAUAGCUUACUAUUGCUCUUUCUUUGGCACAGCUGUUUAUUUGUUUGUGGGUCUCCGUGUAGCACUCGAUAUAAUUUCAGGGGACUUAAAAUGUAUAGUAGAGAAUGUGUUUAUUAUUUUUCUUUUGUGACAAGCUUUCUCUUGUUGGAGGAACACGCAAAUGUUUUCCAUGUUGUUUAAUCGGCUUCGUUACUUGCACAAGAUGAUAGAUGAUGCGAUGAAUGUUGGGGCGCAAGCUUUGAGUUUUAAAGAUCAGAGGAGGAGGAGGUGAAGGAGGAAUUGUUUUCUUGGAUGUAUUUUUGGUUUUGUUAAAAAAAAAAAGGAUGUGUUUUUAAUGGCACCCUUGUCGUUGUUUCUCGAACAACAAACCGAAAACGAUCAGAUCAGGAUUCCCUUUUUUGGGUUUUGAUUUAUCUGUUCAAAACUUUAUUUGUUCAAACUUGACUGUUGUGAGAACGUUUUGUCGAUGUCCAUACCGCUGAUAACCAACUCAGGCUGAAAGGGAAGAAAAAUACAAACAAGAGGUUUGGAGUCCCACUUCACAGUUUAGUUGACCCCUUAACCCCCCUCCCCCGUUCAAUUAACAACUGUGGUGUGUCCUCAACGGGAGGGGCUGUACAUUUAUAGCCUACGGUAUGUACAUUUAUGACCCAUGAUUUGAUAUAAUUAACAAGACGACGUUAUGGACAAAUUAACUGUGUACAUGUUGAUGUUUUUUCGAUGGAGAUGGCUAGGAUUACUCUGGAACACUUUAUAUGAACUCUCCGCGACGUCCUCCGAUUCCCCCGGACGGGACCCUCAGUCACGGAGGGAGGACAGGGAGAAGGCUCCGUGUGAACCCUCUGUCCCUGUCACUAGCCACACUGAGAGGAAAGGGGGGAUGGGGGGGGCUUACCGUCAGCUUUGGUUGUUCAGUUUUAACCCCUGCCUCACUUUUUUCCCCCCACGCCGCUCAACCAGUCGCCUCUCUUGCCCUGCCCUCGUCCUAUUCCAGGUCAGCCACGUGUCAAUCGUGAACUCUCAUCGGCUAACCUUUGCCCCAACCACAAGAAUGCAUCGUGUGUGUGUGACAGGACUUGACGCACACACGGAACACGACAACUUGAUACACCACCACCCCCCCCCCCCCCCCCCCCAAACACACACACACACACACACACACACACACACACACCACACACACACCACACCCUCCUCCCCCUUACCGGAAGCGGGUUCCCAGCCAACUUGUUUUGCUUACUAUAUCGCACACUAUACCCCCCCCCCCCCCCAUGUCUCCAGGCCCCGCCCCCCCACCCCACAUGUUUCUCUAGGCCCUUCUGCUAUAGCGGUGGGUGGGGGUGUCGGGACCCCUGUCGGUGUAUGUAUUUGACAUCUGUACAAUCACACCUCUUUUAAAAGGAAAAUGAAACCUUGACAUAUCUGCAAGCGA